AUGUCGAUCACAGAUGUUCCGGGGACAGAUCAUCAUGUUGGUGAGAUCAUACCAUCAACGGAUGACGACAACAACGCUAGGGUGGCUGAGGAUCAGCCACAGGAGGAAGGAUCCGAUGAAAAACAACAAAAUCAGAGUUGGAUAACUACAAACAAGUCUACUUUGUUAAGUCAAGACACUGCAACGGACGAAGCUUAUUCACUUGAACCCUCAGAGGAUUAUGCCUUGCACUAUCUUACACAAUCUGUUGUGAAGAUGAUAGAUAAUAUUGGCUUCUCAACAUGUCACGAAUCCGUUUUAAACAUUCUAACGGAUCUUUGCAGACGGUACAUGCAGAAACUUUGGGUUGAUUCAAAAGUAUUCGCAGAGCAUGCUGGUAGACGAUAUCCCAUCUUUGAAGAUGCAAAUAUGGUUUUUGGAAAACUGAUGUUCAGUGCAGCGGAAUUGCACUCAUUCAUGAAGCAGGUACAACAUGAUCCUCUUGAAAACAGUGUGCCACUUUUCCCAGUUAGGAAAUCCUCGACAAAUUUGCUCGGUAUAUAUGGACCAGUCUCAGAUAAAGAAUUGGCAGAACGACCAGAACACAUACCUCGUUAUUUUCCUGCUAUGCAUCCAGAGUGGUGCAUCGAUCAUGUGGGAGUUCGAGCAGUCAAUGUUUUAAUGAAAGAUGCAGCACUGAGGCAAGCGAAAAACAACAGAUGUACACCCCGAGGAAGAGUGACGAGACCGAGGAUUUCUUUUCCUGAUUUUAGUGGAUCGACAGCUAAAGAAUUGGGCUUUGUGCGCCCUCAAAAAUUGCCAUCCAGAAAAGUGAUUGAAGAACCAAGUGGCAUUUCAAGUAGUGCCAAUAUCGCAGCCUUACAGACGACGAGUACAGCAACAAACAGUGCUACUAAAACAAAGCAUAGGAAGUGGUCGGCACAUGAACCUGCUGGUAGUUCAAAACACUGCGAUGAACAUCACGUGAAAGCAGAAACCCCUAAAGAGAAGGAUAUAACAGAUAAAUCUUUCUCACAGAGGUCGAUUGGUAUGUUUGGCAUGCCGCCAUCAGCCUUGGUACAUCCGGAGAAUGUCGUGAUUGAGAAGAUGAAAAAGAAAAAGAAAAGAGACAGAGAUCGAGACGAAGAUCGGACUAGGGAAAGGAAAAUAAAGCAUCGUGACAAAGGGAAGCCUAAAGAGAAAAAUGAAGGAAAUCCAAGUGCAAGUAGUGCAAUUUCGCUGGCAAUUGAAUCUUUUGCAAAUGAGAAGGCAAGCACAAGUGCGAGUUGUUUAAUUGACGUUAAGAGUGAUGAUCAAGCAAAAAAAUCAGCGAACCGAAAGCAAAGCAUUCUUUCAGCAUUGCACAAACAACCGAGUUCCUCGGAGCACCAACAAAUAGGGCGAGAUGUGAUUAAUUUAAAGAACGUUACGAAUGAAAAAUCUCUUAUAGAUGUCCAUUUUUCUCACUGUCUUUCUGGAAGUAGUCGAGAAGACAGAGCAGUUUGCAUAAAGAAGGAAGGCGCUUACAAAUUUAAACAUGACCAUUCAGUGGACUUAAGGGUGAAUGAUGAUCACAGUGCUAGCGGUGCUGGUUUGCAAACGCCUGAAGUAUUGCUACCGCAACAUUCCUCAGUUAGCGCUGGUGAUGUAGGGGAAGAUGGUAUUAGUGAUGGCAGUAAAGCUAUACAGAAAGCAAAGGAAGAAGUGAAGGAUGGAAUUCAGCAAAGUGAUAAAAGAGAUCCAAGUAGAAGCACAGUAGUCGAAAUCGCUAAAGGGAAGUUAGAAAAGCAGAAAUUUGGAGAAAAAGGCUGUGAAUGGAAAAAAGCUGCAAGAAAAACAGCAGCAGAGGACUCUUUAUCAAUGAUUAUUGAUGGCAUCGCCAAAAACUCAACAACUGAUAAUAUUCCUCCGCCUCAAGACCUCAAGGCACUCAAAGUGGUUUUAUCAAGGUCAGCUGGACAGAAAGUAUUCACUGCACUGUCACCAUCCAGUGGCACUGAACGGGCAGCCAAAGAGGAGGAACAGAAAUGUGAUCCAGGAAGUGUGCAGAGUGGUGCAAAUAUAAAUCCGUUUUCAAAUGAUGAAUCACAAGUUGCAGAAAGUAUUUAUGAGAAAAAGAAGCACAGAAAGGAGAAAGAUCGAGAUAAACACCACAGCAAGGAGCACAAACGAAAGGAUAAAGAGAAGUACAAAGAGCACAAGAAAAGCAAGACGAAAGACAAAGAGAAGGAAUAUAUCAAACUGAGGCCUGAAAAACUUUGCUUGAAGAGACCUGGCGAACAUAUCCUGCCAGAUGAAACGCCUACUCCAAAAAUACCGAAACUAAAAAUCCGAUUUGGAUCCAACUCAAGUGGUGUUAGUGCUUCGCCAUCGGUAUCUACAACAUCGACUAUCUUGACCUCUACUUUGUCGUCUGACCAACUGUCAGAGAGAGACAAUCUCUCAUUAGUCGAUCAAAGCAUUCAGAUUAUGCAACCUACAAAUAAAUUAGAGGUUGCAGAGGCGACCAAUCCGUUUCACGCAUCCCUCAAAUCUGAUGUAAAUAUUAAACCUAGAAAGCGGCAGCCAGUGACCAAAGCAGAGUUGAAAGCGCUGCCGAAAUUGCCAUUGAAAGCAAGAACUUAUGGAACUAAAGAGGGAAGUGGACUCACAAGUGGACAAGGACUAGCAGAGGUAGCAGUCAAAACAGUUAUUUCUAGAGCAGAUUCUGAGCUUGAACAAAGAAAUUAUGCGCAACAAGCAACGGGUAAGCGUAUACGCGUGGACAAUGGAAAGAAAGAAUUUCUGGGAAGCUGCUUCGACCCCUAUGACGCUGUUGCUUCCAGUCCGGCAGAGAAAUUGUUCAAAAGUAUGGAGAAAGAAAGAAGUUGUGAAAGUCAUGUCCAAGGCAUGACGCCAAAAGAUUGGGGGCAGUUAGCGUCUGCAGACACUUUGAGCACAUGUUUGACCGAUGGACGACGGCAAGAAAGAGAAUCUUUAAAGAGAGAUUUAGGAGGAUUGAAAAGGAAACCGGAUCAGGUGGAUGUUGAGGCUGAGUUGGGUUCAGUUAAACCAAAGUUCGGAAAAGAAAAGGAUCCUUUUAAGCACACGUGCGACGCCGUAUUACCAUUUGAUAAAGAGAAGCUGUUUAUCAAAGACCGGUCUUUAGGAAAGUUGAAGUGUAAAGAGCCAGAGAAAGAGAAGAGAAGAGAGCGACAUCACAGCUUCGAGAAAGUAAAGGAGAAUGUGCGAGAAAAGGAAUCGCACUAUAUGCAAAAGGCUCCUGAGAAGGAAAAAGAUCAAACCAAGCGAGACGAGAAAGGUCUGGGAAUAGUAGAUGAAAAGAAAGAAGCGCAGCAAGAUCGACAAAGGGAGAAGGAGAGUGAUGGGGAGAAAAAGAAAGGGAGUGAUGAAGGUGAGAAAGGGAAGGGGAGGAAAAUAGAAAUGAUUGGGAUAAGGUCGGGAGAUAUUUCGGGUAGUUGCACUGCUGGGGAUAACAAGAAGCAUCGGGAGAAGGUGGGAAACGUUGCUGGAUUUGAAGGACGACGUAAGCGGAAGAGUGUCGACAAAGAUGAGGAACGUGGGAAAGGUGCGGAGGAUGCGAAGAAAUAUUCGAAAGAAAGGGGAUGCUCUAGCGAAACAAAGGAGAAAGCGAAACACCAUAGCAGAAAAACUGCUGUGGAGGUAAAGGGUAAAGGUCGUGACAAGGAUUUCAAGGAUAAAGAGAAGCGAAAAAAGCAUUCAAGUAGUUGGGAUAGAGAGCACAGCGCUGGAAAAAGCACCAAGGAGGUGGAGAACGUUUCUUCUAACGAAGAUGAGAGUUUUGGCUGUUUGAAAAACGUAAAAAACAAUAAUUCCGGUAAAGAUGAACUUACGGGUGAUACGAACAGUUCCUAUCUUCCGUACGAUGCAAUGCAAAAAACUGAUCGAGUCAUAUUUGCGAAAGAACAGCUAUCAAAGCGAUGUAGUGCUGAUAGUGAUAUCUUUGGAAGCAGAUCAUCGACCGCUGAUUCGCUAACGAAAUCUUCUGAUAAGAAAUCAGCCAUCUUGGAUAGUGAUGACUCUUUGGAUACUAUGUGGAUUUGUCCAGAGUGUUCAGUAGCAUAUGUGGAAGGUGCAACUGAUAUGGUCGGUUGUGAUGCUUGCGACAACUGGUUCCACUGGAAUUGUGUGGGUUUAUUGGUUGCACCGCCAGAUGACGCUCCCUGGUAUUGUCAAAACUGUGCGAAAAAGAAGCUUAAGAAAAAAAACGUUUUGAAGAGCUCUACUUCGAAGAAAGGCAAGAAGUGA